CUCCCUAGAAAAAACCGGUUCUGUAUUACCAACCGCAAAACUGGAAAUUUCUGGAAGUCAAAAUCCUCUGCUUUGCAAGGAUAUAUCUUCAUUUUUCUCGAUUCAUAACUGAAAUUGCUUCCCUUUUUUGUUCUGCGGUGCUGAACAGUUGACAAAGUGCAGCUGUUGGAUUUCCAGUGUAGAGAACAGAUGGCAGAGGCUCAUGACCCAACUACAAGCGCACCUGAAAGCUCAUCUUCCUCUGGUGCCGAUGGCAAUGAAGCUGGUGAUUUUGAAUGUAACAUUUGCUUUGAUUUAGCACGGGAUCCAGUAAUCACUCUCUGUGGGCAUCUCUAUUGCUGGCCAUGCCUUUAUAGAUGGCUACGAGGUCACUCGCAAGCCCAUGAAUGCCCAGUUUGUAAGGCGCUAAUACAGGAGGAAAAGGUGAUUCCUCUAUAUGGCAGAGGGAAGGCGCCAACCGACCCAAGAUCAAAACCUGUUCCGGGCGUUGAAAUCCCCAACCGACCUGCGGGCCAGAGACCUGAGACAGCUCCACUUCCAGAUGGCAAUAACUUGUCUGAUCUUUUCUUAGGACUCAUGGGAGGGUUCGCACCAAUUGCAUCUGCUACUUUUAAUAACUUUGGAAUGUCUGCUGGUUUUGGCGGGAUAUUCUCUCCUUUUUUCAGUGUCCAGUUUCACGGUUUUUCCAGUGCAAGUGGCUAUGGUGGGUCAUCAGGAUAUCAUUAUGGAAAUACUGGUACAUUUCAUGAGAAUGAAGGCAGAUUUAAUACAGAGACCAGUCAAGCUGCUCGGGCAGAUGAUGAGAAUUUGAAGAAGAUUCUUUUGGUCAUCCUUCUUUUUGUACUUUUUGCUUUUCUAACAAUGUAGAAGAAUUAUGCUCCUAAUCUUUUUGUGCUGAGGAACUUGAAGAAGAUUCUUGUCUUGCAAAAUAUUGGUCUUUGUGAUUACCUGCGUGUGGUUGAUUUUUGGAUGCUCUGUAAAUUAAUGUUACACCUUGAGUGGGUUUUUGUUUGGAAUGGACAAAUUGGUUGUUUGAUGUA